GGAAAUUAUAGAGCCUGGAACAGACAGGAGCUUCCUUCCUAUUAAAGCUACUUGCUAGUGGGACUACUACAAAUUGCUACGGUGUUGCAGGAAAUCUGACAUCCCUCGGUGUUUCUGUUUCUCUGCUGGCAGAAGCCACUAUGGCACUCGACGCUGCGAGCAGGUCAUUGUCACCACUCCCUGCUGUCCUUUCUCAUGGAUUGAUACCGGUGUCGACGUUCGGUUUAUUGUCUUUGAUCUGCUCGACUUCAUUAUUCCUAUGGCUAAUGUUCCGUUUGAUAUCAUGGCGGUGCAAAUCUGCAGCGAAGGGGCCUAUGAAUCAGUUCCUGUUCCUUAUCUACAACCUCCUCUUCGCUAAUAUCCAGCAAGCGCUUGCCUUCGUCCUCAACAUUCAUGCUUUAAGGCACAAUGCAAUUGAAGUAGGAACAUCGAUGUGUUUUGCGCAAGGAUGGUUUGUUUCCACUGGAGAUCUCGCAAGUAGCGUAUUCAUAUGCGCAAUUGCCGUCCACACAUUCUUCGGCGUUGUAAAGGACUAUAGAUUGCCCACCGUGGCUUUCUAUUGCUACAGCGCCGGCCUUUAG